UUAAGUAGUUGUAAUGAAGUUUCUCUUGUUCUUCUUGUUGUCGUUCUUCUUCUUCUUCUUCUUCUCUUGCACAUACUCGGCUACUACUCCAGAACCGACUAUAGUUUUCGACACCAACAAGGAGCCUCUCAAGAUCGGAGAAAAAUACUAUGUCCUUAGAAAGCCAACGAUACUCGGGUUGGCAUUCGGGGGCCUUACACUCUCCGACUACUUGGAUAAAGGAUGCCCUACUGUCGUGUCGCAAGCAUCCGCCUUGGAAGUAGGCAUCCCUGUCAGCUUCCACCCUUGGGUAGGAUCCGACAUUCGCCUCUCCCAAUCGCUCAACAUUAAGAUCGAAACCUCCAAGCCGGCGUGCGCUAACUCCACGGUGUGGCAGGCAGGCGAAACUGAUCCCGUUUCACGUUUACCAUUAAUAACUAUUGGAGGCGCGGUAGGUAAUCCAAACUGUAAUACCUUAAGGAACUGGUUCAAGAUUGAGAAAAGUUCGAUCAAAGACAGCUACAGAUUGGUGGCGCACCCACAGGACGUGUGCGAUGCAGGUUCCGUGCGUCAUGAGCUGAUCAUUCUUGAUUCGGGAAAUGGGCGAAAAAAGCGCUUGGUUCGAUCUAACGGCAAUGACGAAUAUGAUGUAAUUUUUGCAAAAGCACCACCACCAUAAGGGGUAGUUUAGAUUUCAUGUAACUUGUCGCUGAGAGUGUCGAUUGCAAUUGUAUUAGAUUUGAAUUUUUGUUUAAAUAGUAUUUUUUAUAUUAUAUUUGUUGAGAUGCAAACCCAAGU